GCAUUGAAGGUGAUUUUGGUCAAUCACAUGUUGUAGGGGCCAUGUUUCUUGAAAGUAACAAUUCUGAGAAUGCACAAAGUACUGGUGAAGCCUAUGAAUAUGAAAACUUUUUAGUGUGGAGUAAUAAAGGAUCUGCAGUUGUGUACACAAUAUCUUAUUUAAAUAACACAUUUAAAUCUGAGCCUCUGUGUGAAAUCCCUGCUGCUUCUUAUCCCCUUGAUGUAAGGUUGUCAUUUUCUUUUGUCCAGUUGAGCCAAAUUCUUCUUCGCAUUGAAUCUGUUUGCUGUAAUGUUGAAGACCCAUUCCAGUGGAGACCACGUGUUACAAUCUGGUCACUUCAUCAGAAACAUGAUGAUCAUGGCAACCUCUUCCAAGAAUGCACAAUGCUUGGAAACAGUAUUUCUUCUCUUGGCUGGAUUUCAGGUGCUAGCUUGGAUCACAAAAAUGAGACCCUGGGUGGAUGCAAGACCAAAUUGACAUCUAUUCAAAGCUCUGUUUUCUGCUCAGAAACUGUGAAUGGCAUACCUGCAGAUGAUAGUUGUUAUUAUUCUGUCCCUAAGGGACAGAUUGUAUCUUCCUCCAUGGUUAUUUCUGAAAAUCUUUAUGCUCCUUCGGCGAUUGUAUAUGGCUUCUUUAGUGGUGAAAUUGAAGUUGUGUGGUUUAAUUUGUUUCGGGGGCUUGAUUCUCCGGCGGUAAGUCCACGCCUUGAGGUAGACUCGCAUAUAUCCAGACAAAGCUUUUCAGGGCACAUGGGUGCUAUACUAUGUCUGGCAGCACAUCGGAUGGUGGGUGCUGCCAAAGGAUGGAGUUUUAGUCAGGUUUUAGUUUCUGGAAGCAUGGAUUGCACCAUUCGUAUAUGGGAUCUUGAUUCUGGUAAUCUCAUUACAGUGAUGCACCAACAUGUAGGUCCAGUGCGGCAAAUCAUUCUCCCCCCUGCUCGGACUGAACGCCCUUGGAGUGAUUGCUUUCUCUCUGUUGGAGAGGACUCUUGUGUUGCUCUUACUUCUCUUGAAACUUUAAGAGUGGAGAGAAUGUUUCCUGGACAUCCUAACUAUCCUGCAAAAGUUGUUUGGGAGGGUGCAAGAGGUUAUAUUGCAUGUCUCUGCCGGGACCAUUCCAGAAUUUCUGAUGCCACUGAUGUUCUUUACAUAUGGGAUGUGAAGACCGGUGCUAGAGAGCGGGUCCUUCGUGGGACUGCUUCUCAUUCAAUGUUUGAUCAUUUCUGCAAAGAAAUUAGUAUGACUUCCAUUUCUGGUUCUUUACUGAGUGGAAAUACCUCAGUUUCGUCAUUACUUCUUCCAAUACAUGAAGAUGGGAACUUUUCUCAAUACAAUUUAAAUAAUUCUGAAAGUGGGGCCACUUUGUCAAAAAUGACUGGGCCUAGUACAUCACAAGCAAAUAUUAGUAAAGUGAAUCAUGGAAAGGCAAUCCCAAUCACUCCAUUUGUUUUUCAAACCAGAAAGCAACCCAUCAAAUGCUUUUGCCCAUAUCCUGGAAUUGCCACCCUGAGUUUUGAUCUUGCAGCAUUGAUAAAUCCUUGUCAGAAGCAUGAGUCUACAGCAAAGGAUGAUAACGAGCAAGAAAAUGGCUAUACAAAGGAGCAGGGAAGUCAGACAUUAGGUCCCCAUCAUACGAAUUCUGAUGAUGGCUUUGUCGCUGAUCAGAGUUCGACCAAUACUGUAGAACAGCAUGACUGGGUCAAGUUGCUUGAAGAAUAUCUAGUUCGAUUUAGCUUGUCCCUUUUGCAUUUAUGGGAUGUGGAUUGUGGGCUUGAUGAGUUAUUAAUAACUGAGAUGAUGCUGAAGAGACCUAAUGAGUUUAUAGUAUCUACUGGUUUGCAAGGUGAUAAAGGGUCUUUGACACUGACAUUUCCGGGGUUUACUUCAAGUCUUGAGCUUUGGAAAUCUUCAUCAGAAUUUUGUGCGAUUAGGUCACUGACAAUGGUUUCGCUUGCCCAACACAUGAUUAGCUUGUCUCACUCAAGUUCAGGUGCCAGCAGUGCCUUAGCAGCAUUCUAUACUAGGAAUUUCGCUGACAAGUUUCCAGAUAUAAAGCCGCCUUCACUCCAGCUUUUGGUGAGUUUUUGGCAAGAUGAAAGUGAACAUGUACGUAUGGCAGCACGGUCUUUAUUUCAUUGUGCUGCUUCACGAGCUAUUCCAUACCCUCUGUGUAGUCAACAAGCAACUCAGCAUGCAAAACUUGUGAGGUCACUGACUGGAAUUGAAGAAAUUGAACAUGAAAUUUCAAGAAAUGGAGGAACACCCAUGGUUGGAUUGAGUUCUGAAUGUUUGUUGGAUACACAAGGAACUUCUCAGGUUGAGGAAGCUAACCUACUUGCAUGGCUAGAAUCUUAUGAAAUGCAAGAUUGGAUUUCUUGUGUUGGGGGAACAAGUCAAGAUGCAAUGACAUCUCACAUCAUUGUUGCUGCGGCAUUGGUAAUAUGGUACCCUAGCCUUGUGAAGCCAAGUCUUGCCACAUUAGUUGUUCAACCACUGGUGAAGUUGGUAAUGGCAAUGAAUGAAAAAUAUAGCUCCACUGCAGCAGAGCUCCUUGCAGAAGGCAUGGAGAGUACGUGGAAGGCAUGCAUUGGCUCUGAAAUACCUCGUUUGAUUAGUGACAUAUUCUUUCAGAUUGAGUGUGUAAGUGGCCCAUCAGCCAACUUGGCUGGUGAAAAUCCAGCUGUAUCAGUAUCCAUCCGCGAGACCUUAGUUGGGACUCUUCUUCCAAGUCUAGCAAUGGCUGAUAUUCUAGGGUUUUUAACAGUAAUAGAAAGCCAAAUCUGGUCUACUGCAUCUGAUUCACUGGUCCACCUGGUAUCACUCACAACUCUCAUCAGGGUUGUGCGUGGUUCUCCAAGAAACUUGGUUCAGUACCUUGAUAAGGUUGGUAUAUCUUGUUCCAUGUGAGUAACACAUAUUAGUAUCUUC